AAAAAAACAGCUGAGUGUUUAAUUUAAAAUAAAGAGCAACUAAACAACUAUAAUAUUUAACUCAGCUGUUAGAUGGAAAUAGAUUAAUCUUUUGCCAAGAAAUAUAUUAGUUUAAGCAUUUUCCUGUAAAAAAACAAGAGUUUUAGACGUCUAUCACAUACUCCAAUAUAGUACUGCAAUCACAAGGAAGUUUAAAUUAACACGAAAUCACACAACAUUAAAGGCUCUUGCUGAAAAAUUUCAUUCCGGUAAAGACAAAUAAAUUAACUGCAAUGGACGAAAUUUUGCUUCCAACAACUCCAGUGUCAACCACACCAACAACAACUUCAAAUGCACUGAAAAACACCGAGCACGAUGAAGUUGAUUUAAAGUUAUUCGACAAAGCCAUAAACAGUAGUGAGACAGACAAUCGCGCUGGUGAUGGAGACAAUAAUGAUAAUAGUGAUCAUUCUGGCGAUGAGGGUGUUACUAAAAUAUCCAGGCUGGACAUGAAGGAUGCCAAAAUGGAGGGUGCAGAUUUAAACGAUGAUACAAGAUCCAAGAAACAGAAAACAAAAAAAGAAAUGGAGGAAGAGGAGCGGGAGAAAAUGCAAGUGCUUGUGUCCAACUUUACUGAAGAGCAGCUCGAUCGCUACGAGAUGUAUCGGCGUGCAGCUUUCCCCAAAGCGGCUGUGAAACGUCUUAUGCAAACAAUAACCGGAUGCUCGGUAUCACAAAAUGUGGUGAUUGCAAUGUCAGGUAUUGCCAAAGUGUUCGUGGGUGAAAUUGUGGAAGAAGCUCUCGAUGUUAUGGAAGCUGCUGGCGAGACGGGUGCUUUGCAACCGAAAUACCUACGCGAAGCUGUGCGUCACUUACGACAACGUGGCCGUAUGCCCAUCGGGAAAUUUCAAAAACCAUAUUUUCGCUUGAACUGAAUGCUGCAUUUAUAACAAAUAGUUAUUAAGUACCUAAUUUUAAAAUUUAGUGGUAAGCGAUAAUAUUAACAUUUUGUAAUUGCGUUUUAUGAAUAUUUGAAAGUAAUAAUGAAAACUUAA